GAUGAAGGAAGCAGUGGCGAAUGGUACCCACGCCUCUUUCUGCACAGACAGCCAAUGUGUCUCCCUGCAUCCCAGAGGCAUGGAGUCGGCGGCAGUGGCUCCUGCAGCCCCCAAGGUGCCGAGGCUUGCCCAGGCCAUGCUGGCCUUUGUGGCUGUGACCUUGGCCUUCUUCCUCGUGGCUCUCUUUGUGGUCGUUCUACAGCGCUCAGGAACUGAAGAUCCUUCACUCCAACUCUUUCAAGCUGCAGCUGGGGGAGACAACACCACCAGCUCUGGGGACCCAGAGAGUCUCCACCCUUCUAGGGUGGCAGAAGUGCAAGAGGCUCUCCAAAUGUUGAAAGUUCAGGUGGAAAACACCAGCACCUGGAGUGUGGAGAUCCAGAUGUUGAAGUGCAGUGUGGACAAUGUCAGCUCUCAGAUCCAGAUGCUCAGCGGCCACCUGGAACACGCCAAUGCCGACAUCCAGAUGAUUCCAGUGUUAAAUGAGAACUUGAAAAAUGCCAAUAAAGAGAUACAGGUCUUAAAACGAGGCCUGCAGGACGGCGCAGCCUUGAAGACCCAGGUCCGCACCUUGGGGGGCAGCCUGCAGAAGGCCAGUGCCGACAUCCAGAGGCUCCAAGGUGACUUACGGAGCACCAGGACUCUCACUGCCCAAAUCCAGGAGAAGCAGAACGAACUGGAGACGCUGCGCUCGGGCUUUGCUUCCCAGGAGCAGCUGCAAAGGACGCAGAAUGAACUGCUCAAGCUGAUCCUGAACGGCUGGAAGGUCUACAACAGACAUUUGUAUUACUUUUCCGAUGAUAAGAAGUCUUGGCAUGGGGCUGAGCAGUUCUGCGUGUCCCAGGGAGCCCACCUGGCAUCGGUGACAUCUGCAGGGGAGCAGAAAUUUCUGACCAUGUCUACGAGUGCCUCUUACCACUGGAUUGGCCUCACGGACAGGGGCCGUGAGGGUUCCUGGCGCUGGGUGGAUGGGACACCAUUCAAUGCUGCCCAGAGUACAGGGUUUUGGGAUCCGAAUCAGCCGGACAACUGGCAGCAUAAGAAUGGGCAGACCGAGGAUUGUGUCCAUGUGGAGCAGAAGUGGAAUGACAUGGACUGUGGUGCAACCUACCAAUGGGUCUGCAAGAAGCCCGUGGCUCAGGGGCUGGCCUAAGCACAGACUGGAGACGAGGGGUCUUCUUCCAAGAUGCCUUGGCACCCCCCGGACUCAACUGGUUCUCUGGGGCCUUCCACUUCUCUUUGUGUUUCCUGCCUGGCAGCCCCUUGGCCUCCCUUUCGCCCAGGCCAGUCACACAGCAGGUCCUCAAUAAACACUUGUUGAAUGAA